AUGGAACAAGACUCAAAUGCAUUCGUCCGCCAUUGCAAACGUCAAGGCAACACUUCUAGCAGCUCUUGUCCUCUCAUUCCUGGCCCGGCUUGCGCCAUCCAGGUUGCCAUGUAUGCCAGUAGAUCCACCCCUAACACACUACUAAUUCCGACCCAGGAAAUUGUGAGGCGUGUCCUCGAACAUGGAUCAACCGAAACCGAUCCUGAUUUCAAUUCAAAUGCUUGGCUUUCAGCCCUGCAAUUGUGGGGAUUUGCCACUCUGCUGGGCAUAAUCACAGCGAAUGUUGAGAGAGUGGAGAAUGUUCUUGCUGUUAUUAAAUCUUGCACUCCCAAUGGUUUCAGAGAUGCGAAAGUUACCCUCAAGGACCCUACGAGCAUCGUUGAUGCUAGCAUCCAUCGCAAGACAUUCACUCACAGUGAAUUUGCGAAUGACAUAACUGUUGGAUCUGUUCUCAUUCUCCAAAAGGUUGCUCUGUUUGCUCCGAGAAGAUCUGUUUGUUAUCUGAAUAUAACAUUGCCCAACGUAGUCAAGGUAUUUCCAAAGGAUUGCGGACCCAAUGACUUCAUCGAUAUCACAGAGGAAUAA